AUGGCGGCUCCGGGAGCUUCAACAUUUUCGAAGUUGCACCCGCGACCAAGUGCAGAUGAGACGACUCUUGCCAAGCUAGGAUACAAGCAGGAGUUUCGCAGAGAAUUCACUCUACUAGAGGUGUCUGGACUUGCAUUCAGUUAUGUUGGAGUGGUUCCUUCUAUAGCGUCCGUGCUAUUCUAUGCCAUACCAGAUGGUGGGCCUUUCGCGAUGGUUUGGGGUUGGGCAGUCGCUUGCCCCUUUAUCAUGUGCACCGGGUUGGCGAUGGCAGAGCUCGCAUCAGCAGCACCUACUUCUGGUGGUCUAUACUAUUGGACUUACUCGCUUGCUUCUCCACGAUGCCGCAAUUUUCUGUCGUGGAUAGUUGGUUAUUCGAAUACCAUAGAAAUCAUCACGGGAUUUGCUUCCGUAAACUGGGCUUGUACAAUCCAAAUCACUGCAGCAAUCAGUAUUGCCUCCUCUGGCCAGGCAUAUAUGACUACCAACCAGCAGCUCUAUGGUAUAUACGCAUCUUUGGUUUUGUCACAAGCUGUCCUCGUGAGCUUCGGUACCAAAGUUUUGGCAAGGCUACAGAGACUAUUUACGUUGGUGAAUGCAUGCCUUUGCUUCAUAAUCAUCAUUGCGCUUCCGAUCGCAACGCCACCAGAUUAUCUGAACAGUGCAAAUUUUGCGCUAGGGGAUUUCACCAACGUGACUGGCUGGCCAUCUGGAUUCGCAUUCGUUUUGAGCUUAAUGGCCCCUCUUUAUACAAUAGGGGGUUGUGAUGCUAGCGUUCAUAUGAGCGAGGAGGCCUCAAAUGCCGCUGUUUCGAUACCGUGGGCGAUAGUCAGUUCCAUUGCUGUAUCGGCCGUCCUUGGUUGGGGAAUCAAUGUCACCCUUGCCUUUUGCAUGGGCACUGAUGUCGGCAGCAUCUUCAGUAGCCCUAUAGGCCAGCCUAUGGCACAAAUUUUAUAUAAUUCGCUUGGGCAGAAAAAGGCUCUGGCUGUAUGGUGCCUCAUUAUUGUAGCAGAGUACAUGGUGGCAUCGAACUGCCUCCUGGUUGGCUCUCGCCAAUCGUUUGCAUUUGCUCGUGAUGGAGCCCUCCCAUUUUCACGGUAUUUGUACAGGAUCAAUCGCUACACAGGAACACCCGUCAAUACAGUUUGGUUCGACGCCAUCUCCGCUCUGGCAAUUGGACUUUUGUCGUUUGUGAGCACCGAAGCCAUCAAUGCGGUAUUCACAAUUGCUGUCACCGCAGCCUGUGUCGCUUACAUAACGCCAAUCACAACCCGCUUUGCAUUCAAGAAUGAUUUUAAACCCGGCCCAUUUCAUCUGGGGAAACUGAGCUUUCCAGUCGCUGUGAUCGCUGUGGUGUGGAUGGUCUUCGUGAUUCUGGUUUUUUUCUUUCCGGCGACCCCGCGAACAACGACACAACAGAUGAACUAUACAGUUGUGGUACUUGGAGGGUUCAUGUUUCUGGCAAUUGCCUGGUACUAUUGUCCGGUAUACGGAGGCGUGCAUUGGUUCAGUGGACCCACAUCCACCUUGACACCAACCAUCAGAGAUGAAAACAGAGACGAGGGUUCGAUGUUGGAGAAGGAACAAGAUGCAGAUAUCUCUAUUGAAGUGGUGGAAGUGGUGGAUGUAUAA